UCUUUCCAUUUCACGGCCGCUAAUUUAGAUAUUGGUGAUUUCACUUUGGCAUCAUAACAUUAAAUUUUGAUUUAAAAUUCGAGGUAUGGUAUGUAAGUGCUAAUGCGAAGUCUGAUUUCUAUUUGUGAUCGACUGAAGAUUAAGAAAUCUGUGCAUUUAAUUUAUGUUAUGCGGAUUAUAUCAUAUUUAAUGUGUCCUUGUAAUUUUUUUUUAUUAGUGAUAUUUAUCAUCAGUGCCCGAAAUGAGAAAUUACUUGCACAUUACGAAAUAAAAGAGUACCGAGAUUACGAAAUAAAAGAGUACUCUAGAUUUUAGAAUAAUGUUUACAGUUUUCUAUUUGGAUAUACAUUUCUGGCAAAAAGCUGAUAUGCGAAAUGGAUAUUACUGGAUUAGUCGUCGCAGCAAGCGAAGGAAUUCAGUUGGAAAAUGGGAAAGGAUUAUUAUAUAAAAUUUACAACCAGACAGAAAAUAUUCAUAUUUUUUUACUAGCAUGUGGCUCUGUGCAUUAUUGGGCGAACAUUUUUGUGAAUCGUUAUUAUAAUUUUACUGGACUAAGAGCUGGAAUAUUUGAAUCGUUGUCUGGAUCAAGGAAAUUCCUUCUUAAAACAUCACCAAAUUCAAAUUAUUUAGAAAUUCAGCAGCAGCAAGUCAAAAAAUUGAAAAUGUCAAGUAAGCUUAAAAGGAUAAUUUCUGUUCCUGAUGUUAAAGCUCUGUAUAACUCUGAGAUGAACUUCAGGUCAAAACUCAUUUCAUAUCAGGGAACUAUUACUGAUGUGAAAGUGCCAGGUUUUGGAAUCUAUGAACUGGACAAUAAAAUAAAACUCUAUGCUACCUUAAAUGCAUUUCGCUCUUCUUUAAACUCUCUUAGUGUAGGAGCUCAAGUGCUUGUUUCAAAUAUUCAUCUACUUUCCAUAUCCAAGGAUGAAAAGAUACUUGUAUGCUGUGGACUUUCAUCCAUCAAGAAAAUGAAUUUUCAAGACCUUUCAGAGAAAAAAGAAGGCCUAAUUAGUGAUUUAAAAUAUCCACCCAGAUGUAAUCUGAGUAUUUAUGACAUAUUGUGGCUUGAAGAAUUGUUUUCAAGAUUAAAUUCAAAAUUCUCAGUAGAUAUUGUUGCAGGGGACAGCUCCUUCUUGUAUACUACAGAGUUCUUCUACAAUAUUUUGGAAUAUUUUUGUUCUCCAGUGGCAGACAUGUUAUCUAUAAGACUGAGUCUUGCAGAAGAAUUUUGUAGCCAUCCACAUAAAUGCUCUGCAUUUUCUGAAGAUACUUUGUCCACAGGAUAUGUUAUUCCAUACAUAUCUGAAAUUUUAGAUGAGGCUGCGUUAAGAAUCUCUUGGGAAGAACACAGCAAAAAUUGGAGAACAAGUUCUGUUUGUAAUAUAUCAGGAUCUCUUUUAAUAGGGAUGCUGUAUGUUGCAGAAGAUGGAAAUUUUCAUGUUGUUGAUAAAAGUUAUUGUAUGCAAAUUGUAUUCACAGGAAGUUGCGUCAGGUGUCGUGAAGCAAAAGACAUACUUUGUGGCUUUGGUGAAAAGAACAUUGCUUUUCUAACAGCAUUUCAAAAAUUUGAUGUAUUAUUUGAAGAAAUAUUUUGCAAAAAUGGACUUUUAAAAAAAUAUCAGUACUUAAAAACUCAAUCUUGUCGUCUGUAUCCUUUGGCUACUUUCUUCAAAUCUGGUAAUCACUUUUAUCCUAUAGAACCAUCUAUAAACUCCUUGUACACAAAUUAUCUCUUUAAAACAAAUUAUAACGUUAUCAAAGCAGUAGAUUCGAUUGAUUCAGUAAAUGAAAUAUCAGGCAAAAGGACCCUAAAAACUUAUGAAAGAUCAUUAUCAUAUGAUAAUGCUGAAAGUAAUUAUCAGCGCUUUUUAAUAUUAAGUGCGUUAUGGACUGUAAAUUACAACUAUGAUAUGUGUUGUGAAUUUUUUGCAUUAUUUAUGCCAUCUGGUAAUAGUUGCAGUUCUUUUGCAUAUGAAACUAAAAGUUCUGAAGAUAAUUUUCAGGAUUUUUAUGACGUAGAUGAUGACUUUGAGUUUGCUGAUUUGGUAAACAAAAUGGAUAGUUUGCUUAUAACAAAUAAACGAAAAUUAUCAAAACUGUCUUUUGAAACUUCAAAAAAUAGCUUAUACUUGAUGCCUGGACAUAUAUAUCAAAUGAAUUUUAUGCGUAAUUGUAGUAGAGGUAAUGAUGUGCAUGCACCGAAUGUUUACAAGAGCAACAUGCAUGAUGUAAUUUCUAUUAAAAUUAGUUCAUCUGAACAAAUUAUCCAUGAUACAGAAUGUCUGGGGUAUCAUAUAGAUGAGGAAAUUGAGUAUUAUUCCAUUAAUGAUGUAUUUUCUAAAAGGAAUUUAACUAAUUACUGUAUUGUAAAAGCCAUUAUCAUUGACAAAUUUUUUGAAGAAAAGUAUACAAAGUUACAUCAUGGUCACUCUCAGUUAACUUUGAAAACUACUCUGUGCUUGAAAUUAGCUGAUUCAUUUUAUGAAAAUCCUAUACAUGCAUAUGUUCCAUAUCAUCACAACAUAUUAGGAUUGUUACCCGGUGUAAAAGUAAAACUGUAUGGAUUCCUCUGCUGUUGUUCUAAAAAGGGCUUUCUAUAUCUUAGAGCAUCUACUAUGUUUGGUAUUCAAGUUGAAAAUUCAGGGACAUUGACUGAAAUUACAACAAGUUUUGAUUCAAGCAACUGGAACCAGAUGAAGAGUAUUUCUAAUGGAGAAAUUAUUAUUAUGGAUUUACUAGGCAAAGUGGUUUUAGAUGGUGCCUUUAGAUGCUUAUGUUUUAUUUUGAAGAUUAUUUCAGCAGAAAUUAUAUUAUCGUGUGCAAAGUGCUCAAGAAACUCCAGGGAAAACUGUACAUGCUGGGCUCCUUAUGUAUUGAAGACUAGAGUUAGUAUGCUUAUUGAUGAUGGAUCAAAAGAAAUGCAUGCCCACUGUAGUGAUAAAACUGCUAAAAAAAUAUUGAUGUUAGAAGGAGACAAAUGGGAUAUUUUUGUUUCAUUUGUAGAACAAGAACAGAACAUAAUAAAAUAUCAUAAUAAAAUGCCUGAAGAACAAAUACUGUUGCUACCAUUUAUUAAUCAAGUAUUUUGUGCUUAUUGCUCAAGCAAGUUGCUCUGUAGACAAAUUUUUCUAAAUUGUGAAACUUUUCCAAUGAAUGAUCGACGAAAAGAAAAUUUCAAUUCUGUGUGGUGUAAUGAUGUUGUUGAUUUCACAACUAAAGAUUUAAUGACGGAACUUUAUAUGAGAGUGAAGGAUAUAAAAACUGGAGUAACCUGAUGAACAUUUUAAGUUGAAAUUUUACCAUCCUCUCAUGUAUCAAAAUGUGUAAAUAUAGUGUUGACAUUCUGAUAUUGUUAAAAAAAAGUAUUUUUGCACAUAGUUUUAUCUAAAAUAAAUAUAUUUUUGUAUAUUUCUUUGGUAUUGUAAAAUAUCAUAUUUUAUCUAGUGAUGUACAUAUUCUAAUGUAUAUACAUCUAUGUUUAAAAUAUUCAUGAAAAGGCAUGUUCACAUAGUGAAAUUUGUAAAAUUUGAAAUUCCAGCUGUCAGAAAACAUUAUUGUACUCAGGUAAGAAUAAUAUAUUAAACAACAUUAUGUGGA